AUGAGUUUUGCAUUGAUUAAUCAAUCUCUAUUAAGUAAUAUUGGUAUCAGUGUCAAAUCUAAUGUUCCUACAAUUUUAUCACGAUCAAUACCAUUAUAUUUAAGAAAUUUUACUAAAAUUAAUUAUUACAAGAGAAAAAUGUCUACUACUUCUGAUGUUACAAAGAAGCCUUAUAAGAUUCAUGAUUUGAAUUUUAUUAAACCGGAUUUGGAUGACAGGUCUUAUCGUUUUAUUGAACUGCCAAAUAAGUUUAAGGCUCUGUUGAUACAUGAUGCUUCAACUGAUAAGUCAGCUGCUUCAUUGGAUGUAAAUAUUGGUGCUUUCCAAGAUCCAAAAAAUUUACAAGGUUUGGCACAUUUCUGUGAACAUUUGUUAUUUAUGGGGUCAAAGAAAUUUCCAAAUGAAAACGAAUAUAGCAGUUAUUUGAAUAAGCAUGGUGGUUCUUCCAAUGCUUAUACAGGUGCACAAAAUACAAAUUACUUCUUUGAAAUAAACCAUGAACAUUUACAUGGUGCAUUAGAUAGAUUUUCAGGAUUUUUCACUUGUCCAUUAUUUAAUCCAAAUUCGACUUCUAAAGAAAUCAAUGCUGUCGACAGUGAAAAUAAAAAGAAUUUACAAAAUGACGUUUGGAGGAUGUAUCAAUUAGAUAAAUCCUUGUCAAAUGAAAAGCAUCCAUAUCAUAAAUUUUCUACUGGUAAUUUGAAAACUUUAGAUGAAAUGCCAAAAAAGGAAGGUUUAGAUAUUAGAAAUGAAUUAUUAAAAUUUUAUAGUGAUUCAUAUUCUGCAAAUUUAAUGAAACUGUGUGUCUUGGGUAGAGAAGAUCUGGAUACAAUGUCGGACUGGGUUUAUAAUUUAUUCGAAGCUGUGCCAAAUAAUAAUCGACCAUUACCUGAAUAUAACGAACCCAUAUUACUAGAAGAAAAUUUAAAAAAAAUUAUUCAUGUUAAACCUGUAAAAGAUUUAAAAAAAUUAGAAAUAACUUUCCUAGCACAAGAUAUGGACUUAUUUUGGGAAUCAAAACCUCAACAUAUAUUAAGUCAUCUAAUAGGUCAUGAAGGUUCAGGAUCCAUCCUAUCACAUUUGAAGACAUUAAGUUGGGCUAAUGAGUUAUCAGCUGGUGGUCAUACUGUAUCAAAAGAUAAUGCAUUUUUUUCAAUCGAUAUUGAUUUGACGGAAAAUGGUUUCCAACAUUAUAAAGAAAUCGUUCAUAUUGUCUUCCAAUAUAUUGAAAUGUUAAAGAUUUCCUUACCGCAAGAACGCAUCUUCUUAGAAUUACAAGAUAUAGCAAACGCGAGUUUUAAAUUUAAACAAAAGGUUAAUCCAUCAAGUACUGUAUCUAAUUUAUCGAAAGCUUUGGAAAAGGAAUAUAUUCCAGUUGAGAAUAUUUUGAGUACCGGCUUAUUCAGAAAAUAUGAUCCUGAAAUUAUGAAGAACUAUGUCAACUCAUUAUCACCGGACAAUUCAAGAAUCACCUUGGCCGGUAAAGCUGUAGAAACUGAUUCUAAGGAAACUUGGUAUGGUACUGAUUAUAGAGUCGAAGAUUAUCCAAAGGAUCUUUAUGAUACAAUCAAAAGUCCAGGUUUAAAUCCUAAUUUAUCAAUUCCUCGUCCAAAUGAAUUUAUUGCUACUAAUUUUGAUGUUGAAAAGUUCGAUGUAAAUGAACCUUUGGUUGAACCUUUAUUAUUGAAAGAUUCUCCGGUAAGUAAAUUAUGGUACAAAAAAGAUGACAGAUUUUGGCAACCAAGAGGUUUCAUAUAUAUCACUAUGAAAUUACCACAUACUCAAGCAAGUGUGAUCAAUAAUCUAUUAACUUCUUUAUAUGUUCAACUAGUUAACGAUUCGUUGAAAGAUCUACAAUACGAUGCAGCAUGUGCAAACCUACAUCUGUCUUUCAGUAAGACAAAUCAAGGUUUAGAUAUUACAAUUUCAGGGUUCAAUGAUAAAUUAAUUGUACUACUACAAAGAUUCAUUUAUGGAGUUAGUGUCUACCAACCAAGUAAGUUACGCUUUAAAAUUUUCAAAGAAAAGACUAUACAGAAUUUGAAAAACUGUUUGUAUGAAGUUCCAUACUCACAAAUUUCUACGUUAUACAGUUCUUUGAUUAAUGAAAGAACAUGGAGUGUUAAGCAAAAGUUAAGCAUUAUAGAAAAAAUUACUUAUGAGCAAUUCCUUGCAUUUUUACCAACCAUCUAUGAGGAAUGUUAUUUCGAUGGAUUAGUUCAUGGAAAUUUUAGAAAUGAAGAAGCUGUAGAAAUAGAUUCAUUGGUUCAAUCUUUGAUAACUACUGAUAUUGUUAAUUUACAUGUUAAAAACACAAGAUUGAGAUCAUAUGUCAUUCCAAAUGGUGAAACGUAUAGAUUUGAAAUUGACUUAGAGGAUGCAGAAAAUGUCAACUCGUGUGUUCAACAUGUAGUUCAACUAGGAGGAUAUUCUGAAGAAUUGUCAGCAAUGAGUGGUUUAUUUGCACAAAUUUUAAAUGAACCAUGUUUUGAUACAUUAAGAACUAAGGAACAAUUAGGUUAUGUUGUUUUCAGUUCCAGUUUGAACAAUCAUGGUACUGCAAAUAUUCGUAUUUUAGUACAGUCUGAACAUUCUACCCCAUACUUAGAAUGGAGAAUCGAUGAGUUCUACAAGUCAUUUGGUGAAACUUUACGUAAUAUGUCGGACGAUGAAUUAGAAAAGCAUAAAGAUGCAUUAUGUAAGAGUUUAAUGCAAAAAUAUAAGAAUAUGAAAGAAGAAAAUUCUAGAUAUACAGCGGCUAUUUAUUUAGGAGAUUACAAUUUUACACAUCGUCAAAAGAAAGCAAAUUUGGUGGCCCAGAUUUCUAAAGAUCAAUUAAUAAAGUUCUUUGAGGACCAUUUCAUUAGUGCUAAUGCUGCUAAACUUGUUAUUCACUUAAAAUCCAAAGUUAAGAGCAGUGAUAAAGAUAUUAAUGAAGAUAAAUUGGAUGUUAAGAAAUAUCCUACUGGUAAAUUGAUUACAGAUGUAGAUGAAUUUAAAUCUAAAUUGUAUGCUGCACCAAUUCGCCAACCAUUAAAAAAGUUUGAUGUUUACAAACCAUAA